AAUGCCGGCCGCUCUAGACGAUCUGUUAAAUGAAUUGCUGGGCGAAAAAAUCCUACAUGAAGCGACAACGCGAACCACGACCCCGACCAGAACGACUAUGUCGUGGACAAAAACGCCCACCCACGGUGUUACUGUUACGAAUAGAACAUUCGUACCAACUUCUGAGAGCGAAACUAUUUGCACAGAAGACAACACUGAUGGACGUCAUUCACAUACAGUAGCGGAAAGAUCGUGGUCUCAAUCGGCACCUAAUCAUACGGCGGAGUCGUUAAGUACUAAAACAAUGGAAACUUAUUCGGAUGGUGCUACUUGGGGUAGGAAGCAUGUUCAAAGCACCACCAGAAAAGAGAAACAAACUCAUUUCGCAUCUAAUUCGAGUUUUCAAGAUGAACGAUCGGCGUUAUAUAACGGCCUUUCGACUUCGGCCUCUUCGGCAAGGGAGAGAUUUGCAACGUCAACAUCUAGUAGGUCAAGAGAGGAUUCCGAUUCGCAUAAAUUAUCUUUCGAUGAGGAUUCUUUUACACAUAGAAAAUCAACGGACUCCUUUUCAAAGUUGAAUGAUUGUCUAAAUUCUUCUUUUCAAGAAACUGAAAGGAGAAAUCCUUAUAAUGUCCAGCUUUCCCCUACGUUAGCGAAGGAUGCCAGGAUAUCGCCUAUACUUUCGAAAGAUUAUAGAACGCCGUCGUCCAGGGAACGCGUUUUCUCUCCGAAUACGACGCAGAAUGAAUAUUAUCAUAGAAAGGCGAAUGCUAGUCAAACUCUAUCCGGCGGAUCUUACGCUUCUAGCAAGCUAGGCUUUCGUGUUGACUACGACAAUCCAUAUAAACCGAUUGACAGAGGAUAUCAAUCGGAUUCAGAAACUUGGAUAGAACAGCAAAGAUCAAGAGUUGUACAACGAAGACAGGCCAAAACACCUGACAUUGAAGUAUGGUCUAGAGAAACACCAAAGAAAAGAUCAUCAAGCGUUUCAGAAUCAGCGGAAAAGUCUUACUGGGUUUCCGGUUUAGAGAGGCCUCCGUUUACAACGCAUCAAACUAACUAUACAUUUUCGAUUAAGUCAUCUAAACCACCGGUGGCUGUUCCACCGGUUAGAACUCCUGCUAGUAGAGAAGCAGUUAAGAGGGCAAUGAUAAGAACAAGGCUGGAGACAACACCUCCGCCUCCACCACGACCGAUUUCUCCUCGACAUUAUACACCUCCUCGUAGAAGCCCCACGCCUCAUAGCAUUGUAGAGGAGCCAGUUUUGGCAGCUGAAAAGAAACCAUUCGAAGAGCAUUUCGAGUUAGAAGAUGAAGUCAUUGAAAAUGAGCAUAUAAGUUUGGUCCCUAUUGGGGUUCAUCCUCUAGAACCUGACACUAAUUCGAUGUGUACACUAGUGACACCGGGAGGAACCUUACUUAGAAAAGCUCCAUCUUAUCCUGGUUCUCCCAUGACACCAGUUUCGUUUCUUACUACGCCAAGGGUGCUACAACAACAAAGCGUUACUAGCCCACAAGUGUCUACAUUUAAAGAGGAGCACCACCAUACGGAACAGAAAACAGAGCAGAGAGUAGAACGGAUCAAUGGGAUCGGAGAGACUUUCAGUGAACCAGCCGCUGAACGUCCAGGAGAGCUUUAUAGCGUGCCCUCAAAUAGACACAUAACUGCUGACACAUCACCUCGACCCGUAAAAGCUAUGGCUACUAGUAGCCCAAUACCAGUUAGGAGAACCCCAGUGACUCCUAUACAAAACGGAAAUCUUCUAUUUGAAAAGAAUGAGGCGAGUUUAAAUAAUUCUGCUCCUCCCGUUAAGCGAGGUGGCUGGGAUCAGGUUGACAGGCAAACUCCCGUAACGGAACCUCUUAUAACUCCGACCAACAAGCAGAAGGCGGAGAGAGGUGUGACAAUUAGUGAUUUAAAUGCUUCCUUUGAGUCUACUGCUUCUGGAAUGGAGAGUUUACCUGCAAAGCUUGUACACGAUACUUCAGCAUCAUGGUAUAAACCUCAUUUGUCUAGAGAAGAGGCUAUUCAAACGCUUAAGUUGGCUCCACCCGGAAGCUUCAUUGUGAGGGAUUCAACUUCUUUCGCAGGUGCUUAUGGAUUAGCUGUUAAAGUUGCUCAGCUUCCUCCUGGGGUAACUCCUCGGCCAGGUGCUGACGCACAGAGCGAAUUGGUCCGACACUUUUUGAUUGAGCCGACGAAAAGCGGCGUCCGUCUAAAGGGUUGUGCGAAUGAGCCAGUUUUCCCUUCCUUAACGGCUUUAGUUCAUCAACACGCUCUUACCCCUUUGGCUCUUCCCUGCAAACUUCUUUUACCAGAAUUAGAGACUAGGCCAACCCUUCUCGAUCAGGGUUCAGCCUGCAAUGUCCUUUAUAUCGCUUCGUUGAAUAUAGAAAGUUUAACGGGUGCUAAAGCAAUAUCUAAAGCAGUUAAUCAGGCCUUGAAUGGAUCCCAACCCACAACCACUGCACAUUUGAAAAUUACAAAUGGUGGAGUUACGUUGACAGAUUUGGAACGUUCAGUUUUCUUCCGACGUCACAUAAAGCCCGAUCAAAUUUUAUUUGCUGGUCUAGAUCCUGAAGGAAGAUUCUGGAAAGGCUCCAAUAGUACCAUAUUCGGAAUAGUAGCCCGAAAGGAUAAAAUGACGAACGUUUGCCACAUUUUGGCUCAGAUUGACGAGGCGGCAUCUAGUAUAGUCUCUUCCGUGUGUCACCUAAUUAGUAACUAG